AUGGAUCUCUUCGACAGACUCCCCGCUGAGGUCCGCAUCAAGAUCCUCGGAUCUAUUCCUUCGCAUGCGACGACCGCUCGACUGAUCCGAGCCUCGCCAGCCAUGCUGGCCCAAUAUACGACUACUGAGUCGACUUAUGUGCGCGAAUACCUGUUGCAACUUGUAGGUACCGAUGCAAACGAUCAUGGUCUUCUCCAAGACGCUCUAGCGAUCAUUUACCUCAGCGAGACUGAUGACCUCGACCAAAUCUCCGAUAUUUUGCGCGAAUGGAAAGCCAAGACCCUCCCACUACCUUUCCGCCGUGGUGAUAACGACACGACCACUAAGCUUCGGCUUCUGUUUGAGCGCAUGGGCGAGUUCAUCGACGACUACCUCAGCAAGGCAACAGCUCAGAAUACUGCCGAGGCGUAUCUUCGCCCCCCGCGCCGCACAUACAUCGACACCGUUGACCCGCAGCUCAUCACUCUGCAUGACUUGAACCCCCAAGAGAGACUUCGUCUCUUUCAAGCAUUUAUCAAGUUCGAGGUCCUCUGCAAUUUCAGCAACGAACGAGUCCACCACGCACUGACCAAGCUCCGACCGAAGCUGAAGCUCGGAUUGAGCAGCUGGGAGAAGAAGGCUUUGAUGUGCGUAUAUGAAUACAUGAAAGCAUCCUACAGCGCGAUGUUCGUCCAAUAUGCAGGUGCAAAGACGUUCAAGGACUACAAGAAGACUUGUGAUUCUCUGAGACGGGUCGAACGUGAGGACUCAUUCUUUGUCGAAACGAUGUGUUACGAUCCACAGUAUCCCUUCCGUCGUUACAAGUCUCUCGAGAAUGCAGCCUAUUACCCCAAAGCGCUACCUUGGUGUGGGUUUGAUGUGCUGUCGCACUUGAUGAUGGAGGCGAAGGCAGAACACCAACCUAUGCGGAUUGCGAGGAUGUGUUCAAAAUAUGACCGGAGGAGCUGCGACUCAGCUCACCACAUUGUUUCCAGGGUCGAGGAGAUGCAAUCUAGGGAAGACAGUGCUCAACUGAAUCGACUCGCAGGACGCCCCAAUCGUACCAAUACAGAAGUCGUCCAAGUCAAGAGAAUGCGACGCACCAUACACCAACAGAGAGCCUGGGCAUUCUUCGACGAUGCGAGAUUGUGUCCUGGACAAGAAGCUCAUUUCCCGACUGAGGAAGAGGUCACGACAGAGGUAGCGAGACUGGAAGCCGAGCGGAAAAUGAACACAAGGAAGCAAUGGCAGGAGUACUUUGCCAAGAAAAGAUCCAACCCUCCUCGGUAUAAGUCCCCCCUGAAGCUAUGGGACCGAAAUGAUCAUACCACGGCCGAGAAAACGCUAAAAGACUGUGAGGCAAAUAACGGUGGUUUGGUCCCUCCGCCAUUCUUUGCAUUGCCCGAGGCGAGACAUCGUGGAUGA